CUGGAUUGUACAGAGCAGGGUAGCAUCCAGGCUGUUGUCUGUGAGGGGUGGGGUCCGGCUACACUGAUACCACCGAGCUCACAGAGGGACACAGAGAGGCAGAAAAAGAGAGGAGAGAAAAAAAGAGAGAGAAGAGGGGGGAAGAUUGCACCUGAAGAGGACUACAAUACGGGAUGAAAGGAGACACCCCAGUGAACAGCACCAUGAGUGUCGGCCAGGCCAGGAAGCUGGUGGAGCAGCUGAAGAUUGAGGCUAGUUUCUGCAGGAUAAAGGUAUCAAAGGCAGCGGCCGACCUGAUGGCGUACUGCGACGCACACUCCUGUGACGACCCCCUGAUCACCCCCGUGCCCACCUCAGAGAACCCUUUCAGGGAGAAGAAAUUCUUCUGCGCUCUGCUUUGAGCCCAAUCAGGGAUUGUUGUGAUUAACAGUACAACUGUACAGUAUGUACAUGUAUGUACAGUGUGUACAUGUACUUCUGAUCUAAAUAACACAUCAAUGUACUAUAGUAACCUUGCAUAAAAGCUGCCGAUGUACAGUACACAAUCAACUACAAAAACGUCUCGAACUAAAUUCUUUAAACCGCUAACGUCGAUGUGAAGACGGGAAACGACUUGAAACAAAACCCAAACAUUCAAUCAACAAAGAGUCAGUUAUCACAAUGAAAACCAGAAAUUUAAAGAAACAGCUUUCACAUGGUUGAAAACAGACAUUUCAUGCUCAUAUAUAUUACAGGUAUCUG